AUGGCGUCACAGAAUGAUCAAAUGCUCCAAAAUAGUAUUAGUGGUUCGAAUCAAACUAAUACUGACGCUUCAACAGAAACAACCACAUCAUCAAAAGCAAAGAGAAAACCAGUAAAGCCAAGGUCUGAAGUUUGGGAUCACUUCACAAAAUUCGUUAGUGAUGAAGGUGAAUUAAAAGGUAAGUGUAAUUACUGUAAAAAGGAUUUUUGUUGUGAUCCAAAAAGAAAUGGAACAACUGCACUUAGGAAUCACCUUAAUUCAUGCAAAAAGCAUCCUCAUUUCAUUGAGACUAGACAAGCACAAUUAUCAUUGCAAAAAAAUGCAAGUGAUAAUGAUGUGAAUGAUUUAGGCACUCUUACUACUUGGAAGUAUGAUGAUAAUGCAAUUAGGAAGGCCCUUGUCCAUAUGAUAAUCAUUGAGGAAUUGCCUUUUAGAUUUGUAGAAGGAGAAGGUUUUAGAAGCUUCAUGACAGCAAUUUGUCCUAGAUUUAGGAUUCCCUCUCGUUGGACAAUUUCACGUGAUUGUUAUGAUUUGUUUAUUGAGGAGAGAUCAAAAUUGAAAUCUUUUUUUAAGAACAAUUGUCAAAGAGUGAGUCUUACUACAGAUACAUGGACAUCAUUGCAACGCAUUAAUUACAUGUGCAUAACUGCUCACUUUAUUGACAAUGAUUGGAAGUUGCAUAAGAGAAUCAUUAAUUUUUGUCCCAUUUCAAGUCAUAAAGGUGAAGCAGUAGGUAGAGCAAUUGAGACUUGCUUGCUAGAGUGGGGGUUGGAUAAAGUGUUUACUGUUACAGUUGACAAUGCUAGUUCUAAUGAUGUGGCCAUAUCUUAUUUGAAAAAGAAGCUUGCUAAUUGGGGUGUUAGUGUUGCUAACUCUACUUACUUGCAUAUGAGAUGUAUGGCACAUAUCAUCAAUUUAGUUGUCCAGGAUGGCUUAAAAGAUGUGAAUGAUUCAGUGAUGAAAGUACGAGAUGCAGUAAGAUAUAUCAGGAGUUCUCCAGCUAGAUUGAAGAGAUUUAAGGAGUGUGUGCUUCAUGAAAAAAUUGAAAGCAAAUCUUCAUUAUGUUUAGAUGUCCCAACUAGAUGGAAUUCAACUUACCUGAUGUUAAAUACAGCUCAAAAAUAUGAAAGGGCAUUUGAGAGGUACGAGUCACAAGAUCCUAUGUUUAAAAUUGAUAUGGGAGAGAAUGGCAUACCUGACUAUUAUGAUUGGACACAAGUUAGGAAGAUGGCAGAUAUGUUGGCUCAUUUUUAUGAGCUCACUUUGCGUAUCUCGGGCUCAAGGUAUGUCACAUCAAACCUAUUUUUCAGUGAGGUUAGUGACUUAGCCUUUAUUUUAAAUCAAUGGAUUAAUAGCAAUGAUCUUGAUAUGAAAUCCAUGGGGGAAAGAAUGAAGGUUAAAUUUGACAAGUAUUGGGGAGAUGUGGAUAAAAUGAAUAAAAUUAUCUAUUUUGCAGUUGUUCUUGACCCUCGUGACAAAUUUGAGUUUAUGGAGUAUUCUUUCUCCCAAAUGUAUGGUAAAGAGAAAGGUGUAGAGCUAUUCAAUAAGGUCAAGAGUUGUUUAUUUGAUUUGUUCAAUGAAUACAAGAAAAUGUAUCAACCUGAUGUUGAGCAAUUCAAUGAUAAUAGUUCACAACAAUUAAGUGGGAGUUGCUCUACUACCGGUUCAAUAAACCCUAAGCCUAAAUUCUUUUUGAAGCAUCACUACAAGAAGUAG